GGUGAGUGCCUAGAGAAGCUGAGGCUGGAACCAGUGGAGGGACCUUUGAAUUUCUGGAAGGAGACUUGAGGGGUUCACAGAAGACCCUUAACAAAGGGCUGGAGACAGAUGCCGCACUCACCAAAGCUGCAGAGGGAAAGCUGGGAUGCGGGUAAUGAGAGGAGCUCGAGGUGGAUGAGAGGAAAUCGAGUUUAGUUCUGGAUAGAGGAACGCUGACAGAGGCAAAAAUCUGCUAACUCAGGGGGCAGACUCAACCAGGGCAGCAAGGAGGCACGGGGAAUGAUCCCCUGAUCUCCAAAAGGUGCCUUCGACAGCUGUACAGCCAACUCCAGCUCUCUCUGCCACCCAUGGCUCUUGGCCCUGCCUCUGUCCCUGUUUAAUGUCACUUCCCUUGUGACACAUGGGCCCUCUGUCUCCUGCCAGGACCAUGAGGCUCUGGAGGCCUCGGAGCCUGGGGGUGGCUCUGGGAGUCUUCAUGACCAUUGGAUUUGGCCUCCAGUUCCUGGGGGGAUCAUUCCAGAGGAGGCUACCUGGACUGCAGCUCCGACAGUCCUGGAUCCCUUCACUGGGACCAACUGUUAAGUCUUGCCUACCCCGGCAGCGACUUGUGUUCUUGAAGACACACAAAUCUGGGAGCAGCUCUGUUCUCAAUCUCCUUCAUCGAUACGGGGACCAGCAGGGGCUACGUUUUGCCCUGCCUGCCCACUACCAGUUUGGCUACCCAAAGCUUUUCCAGGCUUCUAAGGUCAAAGGCUACCAUCCCCAGAGUUCGGAUACCCAGAAGCCUUUCCAUAUCCUCUGCCAUCACAUGAGAUUCAACCUGAAAGAGGUACUUCAGGUCAUGCCUUCUGAUAGCUUCUUCUUUUCCAUUGUCCGAGAUCCAGCAGCUCUAGCCCGCUCUGCCUUCUCCUAUUACAAAUCAGUUUCCUCGGCUUUCCGAAAGGCACCAUCUUUGGCCGCCUUCCUGUCCAAUCCUCGAGCCUUCUACAGACCCGGGGGCCGUGGCAACCACUAUGCACGUAACUUACUAUGGUUUGACUUUGGUUUGCCCUUCCCCCCAGAGACAAAGACCAUGAGAAUGAGUCCUCAGCUACCCAGAGACCCCAAACCCCUCCAGCUAUAUAUUGUACCUUCCAGUGCUAGCCCUGGAACUCUUUUCCGACCUAUUACCUCAGCUGCUGAUAGUUACAAGCAGCCAGCCAGCCUUGCCUCCUCAGAUUUUGGGCCCUCAUCCUUUAUCCAGUGGGGUCUGGCCUGGUUGGACUCUGUCUUUGACCUGGUCAUGGUGGCUGAGUACUUUGAUGAGUCAUUGGUUCUGUUGGCAGAUGCCCUGUGCUGGAGUCUGGAUGAUGUGGUGGGCUUCAUGCACAACGCCCAGGCUGGAAGAGAGCAGAGUGUUAUCAGGACUGCCAAUAAGCCUGUGGUGACUGAUGGAGAUCAGGAGCUAACCAAACAGGCCCGAGCUUGGAAUAACCUAGACUGGGCCCUUUACACUCACUUCAACCGUAGUCUGUGGGCACGGAUAGAACAGUAUGGCUGGAGCCGACUGCAACGUGCUGUGGCUGAGCUCCGGGCUCGAAGAGAAGCUCUGGCUAAACGCUGCCUGAUGGGAGGUGAGGCUUUAGACCCCAAAUACAUCGCUGAUGUGAGGCUCCGUCCUUUACAGUUUGGUUCAGCUAAGGUAUUGGGCUAUGUACUUCAGAAUGGACUAAACCAGAAAGACCAAGAGGAAUGUGAGCGCCUGGCUACCCCUGAGCUUCAGUAUAAGGAUAAACUUGAUGCUAAGCAGUUUCCUCCUACAGUCUCCUUGCCUCUCAAGACUUUGAAGCUACUGCCCUCAUAGGUAUCAGACUACAAAUUAGGACACAUAGGACAGGUGGAGGACCUCUAGAUACAUCUAUCUGUAUUUCCCUUGGAAGGAACAGGAAGUUUACUCUAGGGUGAGACUGGCAUUGUCUGGACUUCCUCUAGGAAUCUCAGCAGCAUCUAUUCCCUCCCCCAACUCCUAACUUUGCCACUUCAAGCCUCAAGACAGAUUCAUGUAGCAGUUCCCCAAAGCCCCCUGGAGGGGCAAAAGAUGAGAGCGACACAGAGAAAGUUUGGGGCAUAUGUCCAUUUCUCUAUGAAAUAUUUGUUAUGGAGUUGUGUUGAUUUCACUGUAAAAAUAUUUGUUGGAUGAAUAAAUGCUAUGAAACAUUUACUUAUUUU